GGACAUCCAUACUUUUAGGUUCGCGUUCCAAACUAUGCAGCAUGUGAAUCAUGGUCAUGGAUGGCAGAAUUGCUGUACACCGCUUUGGAGCUCUAACAGCUUCAUGCUUCACAAUUUAAUUGCUUCAACGAUUACAGCACCACGUCAACGCUUUUGAAAUGGUAUCACGACCGUUUUCUACCCUCUCCGCUGUGCGGAAGCAGCAUCUACUGGUAGAAUUCUCCAGUCUCAAGUACGCCUGUCCUCAUGGAGUAUUCGUGAGCCUCACUCCAGGCGAUCCAACCCUCUGGUCUGGUGUUAUAUUCGUACGAAAAGGACCCUAUGGCCCCUCAAUCCUCCGUUUCCAAAUCUCCUUCCCACCAACAUAUCCCUCUCUCCCACCCCUUGUAACCUUCAGCACCGACAUCUUUCACCCUUUGAUCACACCGCUCACCACGUAUAUGUACACGACCGACAUUCAAGACUCAGGAACUGUGUCUGCGACCGACGACGAGAGGUUACCACCUGGUGGAUUCUCGCUGCGCCAUGGCUUCCCAGGCUGGUUUGGUAGAGCUAGUAGGAGGUCUGCAGAACGUGUAAGGACUAGCGCAGGGAAUUUACAAACUCCUACCAGAGGAGGCGGAAGUGGAGUGGAGAGUCCAGGGAGUGGUGUUUCGGGGAGCAUGAGUCCUACGCCUAGAGGAACGGCUGGGACCGCAGAUAGUGGUACGAGUGCUGGUAGAGGGAAGAAAGAGGAGAUUACGACGUAUGAGGUGUUGAGGUAUAUUCGGAGUACGUUUGACGACGAGGAGGUGCUGGAUAGUGUGCCGCUGGAAGCAGCUGGGAAUCCUGGAGCGUGGCAUGCUUGGAGGACCCAUAGGAUUAAGUCGGGGAAGUUGAAGAUUAAGGACGAGAGGACUGCAUGGCAUGAUGGCCUAGAUGAUGAUGAGAGCAGUUCUGCGUCAACACCAGAGGGAUAUCAGAGGCUUGCUGGAGGAACGAGCGCGCCAAGUACAGCUAGACGGCCUGGAGAAUGGAAUUGGGAUGGGGUCUGGGAAGUUAGGGUCAAGAAGGGCGUGGAUGCUAGUAUUACAGAGUCGGUGUUAUUUGGCAAGGAUGCUGGGGAUGAUCUCAUCCGAUUUUUGCAUUUAGAUCCGGAGCAGAUUGAGUCGAUCAAGGAGAACAUCAAGAGGAGUUUAGAGGUUGCAGAGCCGCAAAGAAGGGGAAUCGUUUAAGGAAACUAGAGAGUGGAAGACGUAUGGCAAGCGUUGUUUAAUCCCUAUUUCCAAAGCAAAUGUUGACACAAGUAGAUCCCCUGUGCCUACCAAGGCAACCUCUGCUGCGACGAAUGUGAAUUGGAGUUAGACUAUACACCAUGUGAUGGCUGCUGCAUACCUAGGUAGCCACCUCCCCUUCGCAGUUCAAGCCUGAGACCACGUUCAACUUCCAGCCUUCAGGUAAACCGCGAUGAGUCCAUCCUUGUAGUUCGUCUGGUGGUCACUUUCUUAGGUUUGCCCGAUAUUAUGACUUUCGAUGUCAUCAAACUGUACCUGAGCGUCGUCGACGACGACGACAGUUUUCACAUGUGAACUGACAACUCAGUGGCUCCUUCCUCUCUUGUCAGGAGACGACCACAAAACACGUUCCUAGCAUCAACAACUCUUCAC